AUGGCUUCUAUCCUUCCCCUUAUCCUGCUCGCCGCUGGUUUCAUCCAAUCUAUUCAUGGCGUAGCGCUUCAUAUUGCGCGUGAUGGAGCAAGCCCGUCCCUAAUAUCUGACCCAAAUACUACACCCUACUGCACCUGGUGGAUCGACUUGAGUACAUCUCAGUCCUGCACUCAGAUCCUCUCAGACAACCUCAUUACCCUAGAGAUGUUUCGAAGAUGGAACCCCUCUAUCACAGCCGACUGUGGCAAUCUGCUUAUUGGCCACUCCUACUGUGUUGAGGCUUACUACGAGCCCGUUACAACUACCGCUCCUCCCAUCACGAGCGUCCCAAGUCCAACAAGCACAGUGAAGCCAACGACGACUGUUCCUAGCAAUGGAAUCAGCACGCCGCUUCCCUUUCAAGCCGGCAUGGUGAACAAUUGCAAUAAGUUUCACUUUGUUGAGAAUGGGCAGACCUGCACAGUCAUUGCUUCCCUCUACUCCAUCAGCAGCGCCCAAUUCAUCGCGUGGAACACUGACGCCAAGUCCGACUGUACAGGUCUCUGGGCCCAGACGCUAAUCCAUGGUCUCAUUCUUUUCCAGUAUGCAUGUGUUGGUGUUAUCGGUGGCGCGACGCCGACAACCACGCCUGGUAACGGCAUAUCCACGCCAGUUCCCACACAGCCUGGCAUGGUUUCCAACUGCGAUGCCUUCUACUACGUCGUUUCUGGAGAUACCUGCGCCACCAUCGCCUCCAAGUCGGGCAUAUCCGUCUCACAGUUCGUCUCAUGGAACCCGAGCGUGGGCAACGCCUGCUCCGGCCUGUGGCUCGAUGCCUACGUCUGCAUCUCCAUCAUUGGCCAUGAACCUUCGCCGACAGCCCCUGGCAACGGCGUCGCCACCCCGACGCCUAUCCAGGACGGCAUGACCAAGAGCUGCAAGACCUUCCACUUUGUCAAGUCCGGAGAGACCUGUGCAAUUAUUGCCGCCAAGUACGGCAUCACCAGCACACAGUUCAUCUCCUGGAACCCGGCCGUCGGUCCAUCUUGCAACGGAAUGUGGGCCAAUACCUACGCCUGCGUAGCAGUCCUGUAA